UGUCGUCGGCGAACUUUUUUCAUUCGUUCGGAGAAUUUACACCGUUGGAAGGUCAAAAGCGACUCAUUCAAGGUAGAACAUUUUCUCACUAUAGUAGACGACACUACAGUAGAAAGAUACAGAUAUGGAGCUCAAAAACAACUGCCAAGUUCUCACAUUCAACCAGCUCACUCGUCUUCACAGUGUAUUAAACCAAACUGUGUUCAUUCAUGGCCGAGGAAAUUUUCCUACUCUUGAAGUUCCACUCAAAGAUUUAAUAGAGACUGUGACAGCAGGCCUUAAAGAAGAAGGAUUGAAAGUUCGAGACCUCCGAUUGAAUGGAAGUACUGCCAGCAAUAUCUUAAGUACCGAGAGCAACUGUUCGUACAAUGAUAUUGACUUGAUCUUUGGUGUGGAGAUUCGCUCUAAUUUGCACUUACAACAGAUCAAGUGUGUCGUGUUGAACUCGCUUCUAAAUUUCUUUCCCAGUGAAAUUCCGAAGGAUAGAAUGAAUAGCUGCAUCCUGAAAGAAGCGUAUGUUCAAAAGAUGGUUAAAGUGUCGACUGACAACGAUCGUUGGUCGUUAAUUUCGCUUUGGAACAAUCAAGGAAAAAACGUCGAACUGAAGUUCGUCGACUCGAUGCGUAGGCAGUUUGAAUUCUCGGUUGAUUCGUUCCAGAUUAUCCUCGAUUCCCUUCUUGGCUUCUACAAACUGUCACCAGUGCCGAUGAAGCCCAGUUUCUUCCCCACCGUUGUGGCCGAGUCGGUUUACGGCGAUAUUAAGCUUGCCCUAUAUCAUUUAGACAACAAACUGAUAGCUACCCGUAACCCGGAGGAAAUACGAGGUGGUGGUCUCCUUAAGUACUGCAAUCUUUUGGUGCGAAGUUAUAUACCAGAAAACUAUGAAGAGAUCAAGAUCCUAGAGAGAUACAUGUGUAGUCGGUUCUUUAUCGACUUCAGCGAUAUCCAUCAGCAGCAACAGAAGUUGGAGAGUUACUUGGCAAAUCAUUUCAUCGGAGACAAGCGAGCUCAAUAUGAAUAUUUGAUGGUUCUCUAUCAUAUUGUUUCUUCUUCCACUGUUUGCCUCAUGGGACACGAACGAAAACAAACCCUUCGCCUCAUAGACUUUCUCGGGAAACAGCUCCGCGGUGAAGUGAGUUAUGUGCCGAUGGUGGUGUACAGCGAUAAGACAGCACCUUACUCCUUCGUUCCUGCUUCUGGUUACAUGGUGCCUGUAUCAACCAGAAGCCAGACGUUAAGCCCGUAUUCUUAUGACAGUUUAGUUCCGUGUUUUUAAAGAACGUUUCACAAGAAGGUCACCGCAAUGAAAACUUUGAAACUGCACCUGCAAUGAACACAUGCGUCUCGUUCACGACUAGAUUCUGACUUGAUUCGACUUUGAAAGCGAGUUUAUAUUUUUAUAACGAGGGAGUAGAGUGUAGUUUAUUUUCAACGUUGUAACCCGUAGUUAUUUCUAGGUACAGUAUGAACAUACUUGUCUAUCACUGUAUUGGUGUGGGGGACAGAAAGCAAGCCUAUAAAUGUAAUUUCUUUCUUGAGAAACGGAGUCGGAAUCUCCUCACAAUCCCCAAAGAUUGUUGUGUAAAUACGCCGUUUGGAAGGGCCAAAUUUAUCAACGAGACGUUCGUGCUUAAUCUUAUUUCGCAAUUUGACACCAUAUAUUUGGGGUGAACUUGCUUUGGGAACAACGACUGAAAAGCGACCAAAAAAAUUAGCCGCCACGCUUAGUGUCUCAUGAUAAAUAAGUACUGAGUAGAAUAAGAAAGAAUCUUCCGAGAGGGGAAGUAACUUAUGGUUUUGUUCUGAAUAAAUAAAGUGUUUAUUUUUCGUUGGUUC